UACAGCACAAAACUGUAAACGUGCAUGGAGCAGACCUGCAGAGCUUAGUGAAUCAUUGUAGGAUAAACACCUGUAUAAUCACCAACUAGUUCAACAGGCAGGUCACAGUGCUCCCUCCCCUCCUAAGAAGAGUUAACUGCUGGUCAUUAUGGUACAAACGUCCUUGCUUUUCUUUAUCCUUUUACCACUAAAUUUGAGUCUCCAAUCACCACGGUUCAGUUUGCCUUUUUUAAAACUUUAUGAAAUGAAAUCCUCCAGUGGAUCGUCUUCAGCAGCUGGCUUCCCUCAUUCAGCAUUGUGUGGGUGAGAUUCCACCAUGCUUCCUAUUUGCCACAAUUUAGGCCCAUGCCUCUUUCCUGCUGGUUCCUCCCACCUAGAAUAUCUAUCCCCCACUGUCCCACUCACUGUCCGUAUCCACCUGCCAAACUAUUAUCCAUUCUUAGAGUUCAAUACAAAUCCCCCUUCCUCCUCCAAGAAGCCCGCCCCCCGUAUAACCCCACAGAGAAGCUGUCACGCCUGCCUGUACCUCCUCCAACACUUUGACCUUCUGUUCCAGCUCUUGCACCUACAUUGCCCUGCACCGCGGUUUCUUGUGCUGCUGUUUCAACCUGCUGUAGAGUGUGUCCCCAAAACCAACAGCUGGACUCUUUUCCUUUCGUGGAAUGCCACAGAGUGCGUAGCACUCAGCCAGACAUACGGUAGAUGUCCAGUGAACUCAAUAACUGGAUGGAUCUACUAAACAGACUCUGCCUGUGUAGAACAGAAGUGUCAUGGACUCAUUGGGCCAGAGCCUGGCAGUGCCUGGAAGCUGUUCUUAUUAUGUGAUUGUCUCGAAUGGUCCUGUAGAUAAACGAGCUUCAGGAACUAGACACGAGGCUGCGGUUUGUUCUGGGAGUUGCUUUGGGGACUCAAUCCCCCCUUAAACUGUUUCCAUUGUAUCUGUCUCUAGAGAAGUGACGUGAGAACAUCAUCUGGCUAUUUGAGCUUCCUUGUUAUUUGGACUCAGGGUAAACAGUGGUUUCCUUUCUGGCUCUCUGGGAUUAAACAAGUUGGUAAAUUAUUUCAGUUUGAAGGAAAACAGAGCAACGUCUCUGACCCUGCAUUUCGAGAAGUGGAAACGGGGGAAAUGGUCUCGCUGCAUCUUUGAUGACCCACGGCAGAGAAAGGAGUGGGUGAGAAGCUUUAGAAAACCUGCCUCUCUGCUCUGAAAAUGGGUGUGGAGGUGGACAGUGAGAGGCGUAGAAGCUGAACAGAAGCCCAAACCCCUGUUUGGUCCCCUGACAGUGGCCAUGAGGACCGGGUCUGUCUCAUGAGGCUGGUGCAGAGUCCUCCAGAGGCCCCGUUGCCUAGUAGCGAUGCUCUGCUUGGGACUUGCGUCCUUUAUCUCUGUUCUUAUUUGCCCUCCACGGAGUCUGGAAGCUGGAAAAACACCUGUAAACUAGGUGGGGGAGGAGGAACAACUUAUCUCCGUCAAAAAGCUGAGCACUUUGCAGCAACAUGGAUGGACCUAGAGAUGAUCACACUAAGUGAAGAGAAAGAAGCACCUAACGAAACACAGUAAUAACAAGGAUUAUUCAGUAUGCAGUUGGCAGGAUGUCCAUGGCGACAUUGAAAAUGAAUUCCUUAUUUUCACCAGAUAUAUGAGAAGAUCCAUUUUAAACAGUCUAAAUAUUUUUUCUUCCGUUGGACCAGCAUGGCAGGAUUCAAGCGAGGGUGAAAAAGUGGCAGUAAAAGUUAUUGACAAGACAAAAUUGGACAGUCUAGCCACUGGUCAUCUUUUCCAAGAAGUGAGAUGCAUGAAACUAGUGCAGCAUCCCAACAUUGUACGCCUUUACGAAGUUAUUGACACCCAGACCAAACUAUAUCUUAUUCUAGAACUUGGGGAUGGAGGAGACAUGUUCGAUUACAUAAUGAAGCACGAGGAGGGACUUAAUGAAGACUUGGCCAAGAAGUACUUUGCUCAGAUAGUUCAUGCCAUAUCUUAUUGCCAUAAACUCCAUGUGGUUCACAGAGACUUAAAACCCGAGAACGUGGUCUUCUUUGAAAAACAGGGUCUUGUAAAGUUGACAGACUUUGGUUUCAGCAACAAGUUUCAACCAGGGAAGAAGCUCACUACAAGCUGUGGAUCUCUUGCGUAUUCUGCACCAGAAAUUCUGCUUGGUGAUGAGUAUGAUGCACCUGCGGUAGAUAUAUGGAGUCUGGGAGUGAUCCUUUUCAUGUUGGUGUGUGGGCAGCCACCAUUUCAAGAGGCCAAUGACAGUGAAACAUUGACAAUGAUCAUGGAUUGCAAAUAUACAGUACCAUCCCACGUAUCUAAAGGGUGUAAAGACCUGAUCACAAGGAUGCUGCAGAGAGAUCCCAAGAGAAGGGCCUCUUUAGAAGAGAUUGAAAACCAUCCUUGGCUUCAGGGAGUGGACCCUUCCCCAGCCACGAAGUAUAACAUCCCCCUCGUGUCAUAUAAAAACCUCUCGGAAGAGGAGCACAACAGCAUCAUUCAGCGCAUGGUGCUCGGGGACAUAGCGGAUCGGGAUGCCAUUGUCGAAGCCCUGGAAACCAACAGGUAUAACCACAUCACAGCCACUUACUUCUUGCUUGCCGAAAGGAUCCUGAGGGAAAAGCAAGAGAAAGAAAUACAGACCAGGUCUGCAAGCCCUAGCAACAUCAAGGCCCAGUUUAGGCAGUCAUGGCCAACCAAAAUUGACGUGCCCCAGGACCUUGAGGAUGACCUCACGGCCACUCCUUUGUCCCACGCGACUGUCCCUCAGUCUCCUGCUCGGGCUGCCGACAGUGUUCUCAACGGCCACAGGAGCAAAGGCCUGUGUGACUCGGCUAAGAAAGACGACCUCCCCGAGUUGGCCGGGCCCGCGCUGUCCACGGGGCCACCCGCCAGCCUGAAACCCGCAGCCAGUGGGCGGAAGUGUCUGUUUCGGGUGGAGGAAGACGAAGAGGAAGACGAGGAGGACAAGAAGCCCAUGUCCCUCUCAACACAGGUGGUUCUGCGCCGCAAGCCGUCCGUGACCAACCGCCUGACGUCCAGGAAGAGCGCCCCGGUCCUCAACCAGAUAUUCGAGGAGGGGGAGUCGGACGACGAGUUCGACAUGGAUGAGAACCUGCCUCCCAAGCUGAGCCGCUUGAAGAUGAACAUUGCUUCCCCGGGGACGGUCCACAAACGCUACCACCGCAGGAAAAGUCAGGGCCGCGGCUCCAGCUGCAGCAGCUCGGAGACCAGCGACGACGACUCGGAGAGCCGCCGGCGCCUGGAUAAAGACAGUGGCUUCACCUACUCCUGGCACCGCCGGGACAGCAGCGAGGGGCCCCCGGGCAGCGAGGGCGACGGCGGCGGCCAGAGCAAGCCGAGCCGCGGCGGUGGGGGCGCGGACAAGGCCAGCCCCAGCGAGCACAGCGCUGGCGGGGGCGGCCCCGCGGGGGGGUCGGGCGGCGCCCCGGGCGGCACGUCAGGCAGUGCCCGCCGCUGCGCCGGCCCCGGCUCCUCCACGUCCACGCAGCUGGCGGCGCGCGGCGCCGGGGAGCUGGUGGAGAGCCUCAAACUCAUGGGCCUCUGCCUCGGCUCCCAGCUGCACGGGAGCGCCAAGUACAUUAUCGACCCGCAGGGCAGCCUGUCGUUCUCCAGCGUGAAGGUCCAGGAGAAGUCCGCCUGGAAGAUGUGCAUCGGCUCCGCAGGCGGUGCGGCGCCCGCCCCAGCCGUGGGCGGCAUGAAGUUCUUCUCCGACCACGUGGCGAACACCACCGUGGAGUUGGACCGGAUAAAGAGCAAGAAUCUGAAAAACAACGUGCUCCAGCUACCUCUGUGCGAAAAGACCAUCUCUGUGAACAUCCAGCGGAACCCCAAGGAGGGGCUGCUGUGCGCCUCCAGCCAGGCCAGCUGCUGCCACGUCAUCUGACCUCGGUGCGCUUCCUGCUCAGAGCGGCGAAGACCGGCUCACUUCACUGGUCCCUUUUCGGUUUUCCUCUUUUAAAGCGGGCAAUUAUUUAUUACUUUUUCAUUUGUUCGCCUGACGACUUGACAAAUGCAUGGUCUUUGUGCAUGCUGCUAGACACUCCUUUUUUUUUCCAGCCGAAAAGUCUUGUGUAAUUUUUACAUUUAUAAUUUUAAUGUGGAUGAUCAGGAUUAAAUUAAAAUGUAUAUUUGGAACCUAAUAUAAAUGGAGCACUUAGAAAUUUGAUGUUCUGCACUUAACCUAGAGAGAGAAAAAAUGAUUUUCCUUGUGAAAAACCUAAAUUCCUGCUCCGACCUUCUGUGACAUGGAACCUCCGUGAUCUGAGGCACACUCUGGUGUCUGAGGCAGAACCAAAGCAAUAACGUUGUGAUGCCAUCAGGCCUAGAGCCCGCGAGCGUGCCGUGCGCCCCCAGAUGCCAGGGCCUGUGCAGAGUACAGUGAGCGUCUGCACUGACAACCUUAAAACCAUGAUUUCAACAUACCCACACCUGUUUGUCUUAAGCUAUAGUGUGAAAACAGUUUGGGCUCUUAAAAUUUAACUGAAAAAGAUUUUCUUGUUUUGUAAUAGGUGAGAUCAAGUACUUAGAUUUAUAAGGCAGCUUCCCCGUAGAGGUAAAUCACAAGCAGACAAUCUCAUUUUGUAAUGUGAUAAAGUGAACUGAUGAUGUCUUAACUCUACUUACAGAGUGUGUGUCUGUCUAACAGAACAAAACGAUGCUUGGUGUUAAUUCCUUCCUGGAGGGCACACCCCAGAGUUCCUUUAUAACCACAUAGAUAGAAGAAACUAUAGGGCCUAAUAUAGAAGCAAAGGUGUACCCAGAUGUUGGCAAAGUCAAAACCCCAUAAAUUAAAAAAAAAGAUUAUUGGCAUAUGAUUUUUAGGAGUUUGAUAAUUAGGUUGUCUCUUUUGUUAACUUCCGUUCUUUUACGUCUUUUAGCUCAGCUACCUAUGAAAAUUGGCUGAUUAAAAAGUAUACAUAAAAGGGUAAGAAUUCACACAUAAAGCAAGCAAAAAUGCACAAAGCCUGCUUUGUUUUUUUUUUUUGCUGGAAGUGUUUUUCACUUUGCCUUCCUGCAAAAACAAUAAUCAAAGAACUUUUGCUUUAAACUAUUCCUGUACAAAGACUACUUUUGACCAGAUAAUCAUCUUUCGUGGCUUUUAUCUUGUAGGACACAGUAUCAUUUUGGAAGGGGACCAGAUGCUACUUUUUCAUGCUGUGCCCAGGAGGUCUUAAAAGCAACACUUAGGGACAUUGGUGAUAGGAUGUGGCUGGGCCCCAGGGCCUUCCCACACUCAUCAGCCUCCUGUCGUGUCUCUGCAGUGACAGUUGCCUGGUCCAUAGAGUGGGCAGAGCACCAAAGGACAGCAUUCCAUUGGUCACGGUUUCUCCAAGUACACACUGACUCUGCUCCUUUAGGAUUCAUGUUUUACUCAGAACUCUGAAUUUCACAGUAUACUUACUAAACUAAGUAAAGAUGAUAGUCAAAAUACUUAUUUUACUUUCUAGACCUAGGCUAGAUACGUUUUAAGCUACAGCUCUAGUUCAUUGUGAUAUUUAUAAUUGAGAGCUAUGAGGAUAGGUGUGUGGGUGAAGCCAUAGAACAUAUUUGCUUGAAAUUCUUGAGCAGGGAUCUUAUAAAGGGCCAGAAAUAAGAUGUGUGGUUCACAUAGAUAGUGAGCGUAACAUCUGUAUUAAACGUAGGAGAGAAGUUUAUAAAGGGCAUUGGCAAUAAACUCUUUGUUGCAGCUGUUUUCCAAGUAAUGUAAAUACUUUUUCCUGUGAUUAUGUAUAGCCUUGGAAUGGCACCUUUUAACUAACCCAUAUGUGUUUGGUUUUCAGUGGUUUUUUAUAUUCAAAUGUAUAUAUGGUGCUCACUUUUAGGAUCAGCAGUGUUGACCAUUUAUGCUGCAUAGCUGUAUCAUAGCCUUACUAGUUGUGUGUGGUUGGUUGACCCUCUGGGUAUACAGAUGUUAGUCUGAGUGGCGUCUUACUCAUUUGUUCAUAAGUGAAUGAUUGUGCAUGUGUUGUAUGUCAUAGUAUGUCAUCACAUAAAAGGGAGGGAGCAAAUAACCAUUACAUUAAGAUAAUAUUGGACCAAAUGACUUACUUGCUCUAAACAGUUUCUUGUACCCCUUAACCUGUCUUCAGAAGUUGCAUAGAGUUACAGUAGUGUGUAAAUUAAAUAUUGUGGAAAAACAAUUAGUCUUGUAUUUUUCUGUAUGUGUGUAUAUAUAUAUACAUAUAUAUACAUAUAUAUAUAUAUAUAAAAUGAUGUACUUCUGGCAGUUCUAUCUGUAUUUAAAGUUGUGACAAUCUUGACACUGAUUUUAAGGAUAGCCGUGAGACUGACUCAAAGAUGUCCCUUCCAAGUAAGAAUUGAUGUGUGUUAAGAGGGUACAGAAUUAUCAGCUGAUUUGGUCGGUUGCUUCCACUGCUGGUUGAUACUCCUCAUUGUGUAAACAUUGACAGGUAUGUGACAAAUGGGUAAAAAAAGUCCAGAUAAUAAAGUGGCAUAUCGGUGUUCAGCAAUAUAAA